AUGCAAGUCGCAAGUUGGUCCGCAUGGUAUCAUUUUGCUAGCUCUGAUAAACACCCAAAUCAUGAUUUCUGUAAACCAGAUCGUUGCGGAUUAUAUUUAAACUAUAAUUACCAACAUCAGGAACAUAGUCUACCUUCACGUGUUUGUGAAGCAAGUCAUCCAGCAAUAGACCUGAAAGAUGAUCGAUGGCAAAAAUUGUAUUCGCCAUUGAAUGAUUAUAGGCCCACCAAUCAUAUUAAUAGAAUAAUUUUAUUUUGUUGUUCAAUAACCAUGACUUAUUUUUUAAAAUAUGUUGAAAUUGAGAAUUUUAAAUCGUACAAAGGCCGAAUUGUUAUUGGACCAUUACGAAAAUUUACAGCUGUUAUAGGACCGAAUGGUUCUGGUAAAUCAAACUUGAUGGAUGCAAUCAGUUUUGUUUUGGGUGAACCCACAAAAAGUCUUCGCGUACGAAAGCUCUCGGAAUUAAUACAUGGUGCUCCAAUCGGUAAACCCGUCGGUACCAAAGCAUCUGUAACACUUGUUUUUGUUAUGAUGAAAAAAGCGCGUGAUGGAAGUAUAACUGAAAUUGAAAAACGGUUUCAACGAAUUAUUAAUGGUAACGCUUCGGAUUAUCGUGUUGAUAAUCAACAAUAUUCUCAUGGUGAAUAUCAAGAGGAAUUAGAAAAUAUGUGCAUUAUACCAAAAGCAAAAAAUUUCCUAGUAUUUCAAGGACAAGUAGAAUCAAUUGCAAUGAAAACACCAAAAGAAUUUACAGCAAUGUUUGAAGAAUUAAGCAGAUCUGGUGAAUUGAAGGAAGAAUAUGAACAAUUAAAGACAGAGAAAAAUAAAGCCGAACAAGAUACUCAUGCGAAUUUUCAAAAGAAAAAAGGUAUUGAAAAACAAAAGAAAGAAGUUCGAUUAGAAAAAGAAGAAGCACAAAAAUAUGAAAAUUUAAAAAAAGAAUUUGAUGAUACUCAAUUACAAUUAAAAUUAUUUCAAUUGUAUUAUAAUCGUCAAGAAUUAACAGAAGUACGUGAAAAAUGUAAAGAAAAAGAACAAGAUGUGCUUAAAAAUCAACGAAAAAAAGAAAAAACAGAUGAAGAAUCGAAAACAAAGAAAAAAGAAUUGGCAAUAUUGAAUAAAGAUUUAACUGGUUAUGAACAACGAAUUAAAGAAUUGGAAACACAAAUUAAUAAACAACGACCAACAUACAUUAAAGCCAAAGAAAAUUCGACACAUCGUGAGAAGAAACUUGAACAAUCAAAAAAAAAUCUUGUAGACGCUGAAAAAGCGCAUGUAGCUCAUGAUAGUGAAAUAGAAAAAUAUCAACAAGAUCUAGAAGAAGUCAAACGUUUAUCACAAGACUAUGAAGCUGAAAUAGCUGAUACAUCACAAAGUCUAGGAAAAGAUUUGCAAUUGGAAGAGAAUCAAAUGAAAGAAUAUCGUCAUUUAAAAGAAGAAGCUGGUAAAAAAAUGGUCAAAUUUAUUGAGGAAUAUGACAGUAUUGAUCGUGAACAAAAAUUUGAUAAAACAAAUUUGGAACAAGAAGAACGACGAAAAUUAGAUCAUGUAGCAAAAGUACAACAAAGCGAAAUAAAAUUAGAAGAAUUAAAUACAAAAAUUGAAAAAUUAAAUACUUAUAUACAAGAAUUGGAACGUGAAUAUAAUGAAAAACAAGCUAGUUCCGUGCAACUAGAAAAAGAAGUAGCUGAAGGAAAGCAACGUUCACAAGAACUUGAGGAUCAAAUUUCUCGUAUCAAUAAUGAAAUGGGAGAAGCAAGAGUUGAUCGCCAUGAAACAAGUCGUGCACAACGUAAAGCAGAAUUAAUGGAAAACUUGAAACAAUUUAGUGGUGUUUAUGGUCGUUUAAUUGAUUUAUGUGAGCCAACUCACAAACGUUUUCAAGUAGCAAUAACAAAAGUAUUAGGUCGUAAUAUGGAUGCAAUUAUUGUUGAACGAGAAACAACUGUUCAAUCAUGUCUACGUUAUAUGAAAGAACAUCGUUAUGAACCAGAAACAUUUUUACCAUUAGAUUAUAUAAAAGUAACACCAGUCAGUGAAAAACUACGAGAAUUACAAGAACCUAAAAAUGUUAAACUUGUUCUGGAUGUUAUUAAAUAUGAUAAACAAUUUUAUAAAGCAUUGUUGUAUGCGUGUGGAAAUUCACUUGUAUGUGAAUCAGAUGAAGAUGCUCGAAAACUAGCAUAUGAAGGUGGAGAAAAAUAUAAAGUCGUCUCAUUAGAUGGUACAUUAUUUAGUCGUUCUGGUGUUAUUUCUGGUGGAUCAAGUGAACUGAAAGCACGUGCAAAACGUUGGGAUGAAAAACAUUUGGAAAGUUUAAGAAUGCAAAAAGAUAAAUUAUUUGAAGAAUUAAAAGAACAAAAUAAAAAACGUCGACGAGAAGCUGAAUUAAAUAAUACUCGGGCUCAGUUACAACAACUCGAAAGUCGUCUUCGCUAUUCCAAAGGUGAUAAAGAUGCAUGUGACAAAAAACAACGACAAUUAAUCGAAGAGGAUUUAGUUAAAUUUCGAGAAAAACUUGCAGAAUUUGAUCCAAAGAUAGAAACAUUACUAGAACGAAUGGAAGAACGUGAAAAAACGAUAAAAAAAUUACGUGAUGCUAAAAAUAAAGUAGAAGAUGGAAUAUUUAUUAAUUUUUGUCAACAAAUUAAAGUGAAAAAUAUUCGUGUUUAUGAAGAACGAGAAUUAUUAGUUGCUGAACAACGAGCACAAAAACGUUUAGAAUUUGAAAAUCAAAAAUCAAAAAUUCAAACAAUGUUAGAUUAUGAACGAUCACGUGAUACACAAUUGUACUGUGAUAAAAUACGAAAUGAAGUAGAAAAUUUAGAAAAAGAUUUAAAAAAAUAUAAAAUAGAUGAAAAAAAAUAUAAAAAGAUUAUUGAUGAUUUACAAACUGAGAUUGAAGAUGGAAAAGUGAAAAUUGCUCAUCUCAAAAAACAAUUAGAAAUAAAAGAAGGAGAAAUUCAAGACUGUCAAAAACGUGUAAAUCAAUCGAAUAAAGAAUUUAAUGAGAGUAGAAAACGUUUACAAUUAAUUGAAGCUGAUAUUGAAAAAUUAAAAAUGGAACGACAUAAUUAUUAUAGAAUAGCAAAAAUGGAUGAAAUUCUAAUACCAUUUCGAAUUGGUUCAAUGGAUGAAAUAUCUACACAAGAAACAAGUUCAUCCGAUGAUACAACAAUACAAAGUGGUUCACAAAAUACUCAAAAUGUACCGUAUACUAAUAGUAGUCAGAGUAAUUCAACAAUGGUAGCUAGUCAAGAACAAACAAAAGAAAUAUAUGAAAUAGAAGAUGGUUUUGAAGUGAAUUUUAAAAAAUUUAAAGAUGAAUAUAAACAUUAUGAUAGUGAUAAAAUUGAUAAACAUGAAAAAGAUAUAAUUAAACAAUUACAAGAAAUUGAAAUUCAAUUACAAAAACAAUUACCAACGACAACAUCGAUUGAUAAUAAAAUUCGAAAUGUUAAAACAACAUUUGAUGCAACAAAUGCUGAAUUUGAACGAGCCAGAAAUCAUGCAAAAAAAGCGAGACAAAAUUUUGAACGAAUUAAAAAAGAACGUUAUGAACGUUUUAAUUCACUUUAUGAACAUGUUUCAAAUUGUAUUGAUGAAAUUUAUAAACAAUUGACAAAUUCACAAGCAGCUGUUGCUUGUUUUACAAUUGAAAAUGGAGAAGAACCCUAUUUGGGUGGUAUUACGUAUAAUUGUGUAGCACCAGGAAAACGAUUUCAAGCUAUGGAAAAUUUGUCCGGUGGAGAAAAGACAGUAGCCGCUAUUGCAUUGAUGUUUGCUUUGAGAAGUUUUAAACCAGCUCCAUUUUUUCUCUUGGAUGAAGUUGAUGCUGCUUUGGAUAAUACAAAUAUUGGAAAAGUAGCCGAUUUUAUUCGUGAACAAUCACAACAAGAAUUUCAAUGUCUAGUUAUAUCGUUGAAAGAACAAUUUUUUUCUCGUUCCGAUGCACUUGUUGGCAUUUAUCCAGAACCUGGUGAUUGUAUUACGAGUCAUUGUUUAACAUUGGAUUUAAAUCAGUUUGAUGAUCGUGAAAAUACAUCGGCUGCACGUGGAUAA